UGGAGAAUGCUGUGUGUGUGCUCCGGAACCUGUCCUACCGCCUCUACGACGAGAUGCCGCCAUCAGCGCUGCAGAGGCUGGAGGGCCGAGGCCGCGGGGAAGCCGGGGCCGGGAGGCCCGGGGAGGUCGUCGGCUGCUUCACCCCCCAGAGCAGGAAGCUGCGGGAGCUGCCCCUGGCCACAGAUGCCCUGACCUUCGCCGAGGUCUCCAAGGACCCGAAGGGGCUCGAGUGGCUCUGGAGCCCCCAGAUUGUGGGCCUUUACAACCGGCUCCUCCAGCGGUGCGAGCUGAACAGGCACACGACCGAGGCUGCGGCGGGGGCCUUGCAGAACAUCACCGCCGGGGACCGAAGGUGGGCCGGGGUGCUGAGCCGCCUAGCCCUGGAGCAGGAGCGCAUCCUGAACCCCUUGUUGGACCGAGUUCGGACGGCUGACCAUCACCAGCUGCGCUCGCUCACUGGCCUCAUCCGGAACCUGUCACGGAACGCUCGGAACAAGGACGAGAUGUCCACCAAGGUGGUCAGUCAUCUGAUCGAGAAACUGCCGGGGAGCGUGGGAGAAAAGCCACCUCCCGCCGACGUGCUGGUCAACAUCAUCGCGGUGCUCAACAACCUGGUGGUGGCCAGCCCCAUCGCCGCCCGAGACCUCCUCUACUUCGAUGGUCUCCGAAAGCUCAUCUACAUCAAGAAAAGGCAGGAUGGGCCUGACAGCGAGAAGUCCUCCCGGGCUGCCUCGAGCCUUCUGGCCAACAUGUGGCAGUACAGCAAACUCCACCGAGACUUCCGGGCGAAAGGCUAUCGGAAGGAGGAUUUCCUGGGUCCGUAAACAAUCUGAAGAGGAAGAGUUCUAUUGGGGGGGGCUAAUGAAUGACCCCCCCCAAAGCUGCAUGGGACCGUCUUGGCUUGGCUCUGCCCUGGCCUCAUGGCUCCUGGCCCCAUCUCCUUGGGCCUGGCCCGGUCUGGCCUCUUGGCCCCUGGCACUGCCAUCUUGGGUGGAGCACAAAAGCAGGCUGACUGCUUACAGGAUGGGCAGGCACCAAGAACAGGUCCUGGACUUGAGGGAACUUUGGGGCUUCAGGGUGAGCCUGGCUAUCAAGACGGGGCAAGAGCCCCUGGCUUCUGGGUGUGGGGAUGCUUGGGAAUCCUUUGGUGUUUCAGGGGGCCGCUGCUGCUGUGGCCCCCUCGUCCCCCAGGGCCUCAUCCGAUGCUUGAUAAGGGAAGUGGCUGGAAGCAGCCGGACAAGCACAUGCAGUCACGACGGGUUGAGGGGCUGGGGGGGCUGGGGCUGGCACAAUAAAGGAGGCAUUGGUCUGGUA